AUGCAUUUCACCCGAGUACUCGUCGGCCUAUAUGGCUUCGCUGCCUUUGCAGCCGCCCAAUGGUCCGGGGAUAUCUUUAAGUCUACUGGAAAACCAACCGGAACCGAGAUCGAAUAUGACGGACUCACUCUGUACAUCAGCAAGCCCAAGGUGCCGUCCAAGGGUGACACGGCUGUGCUGUACCUGAGCGAUGUCUAUGGGCUCCCGCUGUUGGAGAACAAACUGCUCGUCGACAGCUUUGCUCGUGCGGGAUACCUCACCAUCGCACCCGAUAUUCUCAACGGUGACCCAGCAGACCCAAACGUCCCGUUUAAUGCGCAAGAGUACUUGAGCAGGCACAACCCCCAGAAUACUGACCCUAUCAUCGAAAAGACUAUCGGAUUCAUUCAUAAAAAGCUCAAGAUUGACACCAUCGCUGUUACUGGAUACUGCUACGGGGGGAGAUAUGCAUUCCGCUUCCUAGCCGGGGGCAGAGGCGCCAACGUGGGAUUCGCAGCUCACCCUACUCUCCUCCAGAACGACGAAGUUCUGGCCAUUCACGGUCCAGCGAGCCUCGCAGCAGCCGAGUUCGAUAGCUUGCUCAACGCAACCCAGCGAUCCGAGGUUGAGGCCCUUCUUGGCAAGACUCCACAGCCAUUCCAGGUCAACUUGUACUCGGGAACGCAGCAUGGGUUUGGCGUCCGCGCCAACGUUUCUGAUCCAGAGCAAAAGUUUGCCAAGGAGGCAGCCUUUUGGCAGGCUGUGCGGUGGUUCGGAGCUUGGAGUUCCAGCAAUUAG